AUGAGAAGGGACUUUGAACUGGAUAGUUUGAGAAGUUUAUACAUGAAAGAUAAGAAAAGUGAAAAGGUAGAGACGAAAGAGGGAAAUACUCCAACUGAAAUGGAAGUCCAAGAAAAAAAUAAUCACCACAAAGGUGCUUCUACUUCGAAAGUUCACAAAAAUGUGCAUAUGGAUAAAGAAAUACUCAAUAUUCAAAGGCGAGAAUUUGUUUUAGACAGUUUAAAGAGUAUUUAUACUAAAGAUAUUAGAAAAGAUUUUAAUCUUACUACUGAACGUAAUGUAAACAUGACGUUGUAUAAAAUACCUUUUAAUUUUAAAAGUGAAGACGAAGAACCAGCUUCAAUAAAUGAAACUACAACAGAAAAAAAAUUCGAAACAACAAAUAUAUCCAAAGGUUCACAAAAACUAAACGCGGUAUUAUUUAAAAUACCAGAGAUAAUGUCAAAAAUAAACAAAACCCUUGGAAAAGUCAGUGCGGCCAAUCAUACUUUUGAUCACAGCGCACGCGCCGUCACUGUAAGCAGUUUGAACAGUCAGUUGACGGGAAAUUUUCCGAGAAAUAUUAAUUUAUCAGCUGUGAAUAACAAUGACGAUGUAUUUAAAAACGCUACGAGUCCAGCUACGGAAAAAUCUAAGUUAAAACCUAAUAACUCCAUAGAAAGAUUAUUGGAAUCUAAAUCAAAAAUUAAUAUGACAAAAGUACAAGAAACUACAACUGUUACAAGGUACGGUCUUGACCAUCGCAGGCAUACUCAAGAAGAUUCAGGAAGUAUAAAAAGUGUAAUUGACUUAGGCGUGCUUAAAAGACUGAUGGAAGCUGCGAGAAAAAACAAAAAAGUGUAUAAAAUACCUUAUAAAACAUCAACUGUAGACCCUCCUGUUAGUUUUGGAGCAGAGAGCAGUGAAAGGAACUUUGUUAAUGUAUGGAGAGAAACUUAUCUAAAACCCAAGACAAAAUUAAGCCAAAAAGCUGGUGCGUUGAGAAAUUUGAUGAACAAACUGGACUGGAAGUUGGCCAGGUCGGAUAAGAAGGCCAUCGAGAACAUAUACGGGCCGGCAGCGAAUCAAUCGCGAGUGCCGCAGUUCAGGAAGCUUUGGGAUUUUUUUUGGGAUUGGUAUUAUGAUCCUGAGAACCCUUACUUCAUGGAGGAGUACAAUGUGGUUUAUACGAACGAGACUGCCAGCGUGCCGUUCAACAUGGAUUCCAACUUCGUGGACCCGUUGCUUGGUCGCAACCACUUUGGAUCACUGUACAAGUAUUCCAAGCGCUGGCGCGGUCACUAUUCUACUGUAGUCCCGACGCAGAAAAAGCAACGGACGCCGUCUGUGGAACCGCCCUGGCGAAGACAAGUCAUCGAGAACCCUGAGAUUGUGGAGGAGUUUAGAAAACAUCUGCAUAAAAGGAGGAAGAAGAAGAUGAAGUCGAUUUCCACUUCCACAUCGUCGAGCGAGUCGUCGUCCGGAUCCUCUGAUUAUUCAUAUUCAGAACGCCGCGAUGGAGAAGCGUUGUUGGAUUUCGACAGCGUCGAAGAACCACCCCCGUACAAAAAAAGAGACAUUAAGAGUAGAAAUCGGCCAACAACAAAAACGAUACCGUCAUCAAGACAAUUAAUUGAAAUCGGAACACCUCGACACGGAGCAUUCGAUAAACCGAUUCUGAGGCCACGAAAUGUGGAGUGGAAGCUUUUUAAUAUUCAAAACGAAAAUGAUUACGAAACUCCUAAAAAGGAUAUGCGACCUCAAAAAGUUAUCCUACUGGGUUCGAAUUGGGAUUUGUUUACGGUUCCAGUAAAAAACAUUCGAAAAAGUCCAACGCUAUCCGAAAAGUUGGACGUUUUGUUAGAUCCAAAGAGUAAUGAAGGUGAUAGUAAUGCAUUUAUAAGUCUGUUACAUACAAUUGUAAAUUUCAAUGUAUCCAUGUCAAAACCUCAAGCACCAGAUAACAAGUCCGUGAAAAAUGCAGCACUUGAUGAUAAUGAGGACACUCUAGAGCCAGAUAUUGAAGAAAGACACGUGAAGAUGGAUAGCCAUUACGAACUGGAAGGAGAAGAAACGCUAGAAAAAGACAACAAAAAAAUAUCACAGACUCCAUAUAAGAAAGAAGAGAUAAAAAAAAUACACGUAGAGCCAUACAAACAAGCAUUAAAACGACCAGAAUAUGAACACGAUGACGAUGAACAUCAUGACGAUUAUGUAAGAGCAGAUAGGGUGCAAAAAGAAAAUGAAGCAUAUACUAUGCAAGAGGGAGGUAAUUCUCAAGAGGAGUUGAGACCAGAAACUGUAGAAAGCCAACAGGAAGAAGAAGAGAAGCAAGAAAUAUUAAACCCAAGACCACCAGUGGUUGGAAGGCCAGAAAAGCAGGAAAAAUACGUACAACAAACGAGACAAGAAAGACAGGAAGCAUCAAAACGACUUGAAAAAGAGCAAAAACCAGGACAACAGGAUACAUAUGAACAAGAAACGCGACCAAAUCAAUUAAAGUCCCAGGAGAAACCAGAAAGAGCAGAAAACUCAAAACAUUUAGAGACACAAGAAACGCGAAAAAGACCUGAAGGACAAGGAAGAUCAGAAGAGCAGGGAAGUACAAAAGAACAAUGGAAACAAGAAAAACACGAAAAAUCACACGGCCAACAAAGACCAGAAUGGUCCGAAGCACAGGAAAAACCAGAAAGGUCUGAAGAACAACCACGGCUAGUAAGACCUCAAGUUCAAGAAGUGCCAGAACGACAAGAGGGACCUGAAGGUUAUCAGAAACCAGAAAGUCAAGAAAACCUUGAAAGCACAUUAAGAGAAGCCUACGCGAGACACGAAGACCACAGCAUAAAAUACGAUAAGUAUGGUCAUGGGAAUCAACAAAAGAAAAUGAGUCAAGAAAGGCCAUCAAGACUCCAACAUCAAGAAAGAUUGCAAAAAACAGAAAAAGAUAGGGUUAUUAAAAACGAAAGGGUACAAGAAUACGAACGUAAGCUUAUAAAAUUUGAUGUAGUUUCACACGACAGUGGGACAACGGAUCAUUUACUCCACUCUAUUAAGAAAAACGUUUACAGUGGUGAUACUUCAUUCAAAAAGGAUACUUUGGAAGAUUACAAAUUAGGCAAGAAAUAUGAACGUAAAAUGAAGAAACCUUUAUUAGGCUCUAAAGAGGACAGGAAGUUAGGAAAAGAAGCAAGAGGUUGGGCGAGUGGAGAAAAAAAUAAAGGUAGUUGGGAAAAGAAUGAUAAAAAAAACGACGAUUGGAUGAAACAAAAAGAUGAUAAUUGGGACAAUAAAAAAGACGUUGAUUGGGACAAUAGAAAAGAUGCUAGUUGGAGUAAUAAAAAAGUAGAUGAUUGGGAUAAAAAAAAGGGCGACGAUUGGGACAAACAUAAAAAAGACAAUUGGAAUAAAAAAAACGACGAUGAUUGGGAUAAAAGAAAGGAUGACGACUUAAGUAAAAGGAACGGCGACGAUUGGGAUAAAAAAAAGACUGAAAGAACCGGAAAAAUAUCCGAAAACUCAGAAGAAAAAGAUUUUGCUGAAAAUCAUGGUGAUUGGGAAAAACCAAGUAACAAAAAUAAGGACAGCUGGGAUAAGAAGACAUCUAAGAAUGACAGGGGAGGUUCUACGAAGGGCGAUGAUGAUUGGGGAUCGCCUAAAAAAUCUGAAGUUAAUGAUUGGGAUAGCCCAAAACAAAGCAAUAAUGUUGACAGGAAUACUCCUAGAAAGGGCUCUGAUGAGUGGGGGUCACCUAAAAAAUCAAAAAUUGGUGACUGGGACAGUCCUAAAAAAAGGAAAAAAGAUGAUUGGGAUGAGCCUAUAAAAUUAAAAGACGAUGAAUGGGAGUCCCCUAAAAAAUCGAAACACAGUGAUUGGGAAAGUCCAAAAAAGUCGAAAACCAUCGAUUGGGCCACGACCAAAAAGUCUAAUGUAGAUGAUUGUCCAAAAAAAGCAGAUAAUGAUCGAGGUGCAGUUAAAAAAAUAAGCAAUGAUAGACCGAAAUCAGAUAAUAAUAGACAAAAAGCAAAUUGGGAAAGACCACCAAGGGACGAUUUCGCUCCCAUUUUACCCAGACCUAAAUACAAGAAGUCUAAAUUCGAUUACGGACCCAGCUUAAAGCAGUACGGAUACAUGCACACACCGAUCCCGUUCACUGGUAAAAAAGUUAUAUACGAUGAAUAA